AUGGAGGAGCUGCUCGUGCACACGCCGGCUCGCGUGCUCGGGCGGGACCGCACCCUCACCCUCCCCUCCCUCUCUCUCUCGCCGGCGGAGCUGCACGCGGCGGCGGCGAGGCUCGCGCCCUCGCUCGGGGUCGAGCUGGGCCCGCCUGCCGGAGGAGGCGAGGCAGCGAGCCGCGGAGCGGCGCUGCUCACGCGCUCCGCUGCGAACAGGCGCGCUGCUCGAGGAGCCGGACGAGCUGGCGACGCGCGUGGCUCCCGCGCGCUCAAGCUGGGGCUGCUGCGCGACGAGAGCGCCGACUCGAUCGUCGGAGGGUAUGCAGAGGAUUACGUCGUGCAGGGCGGGAGCGAGCGCGAGGAGGGCCAGUGCGCUACUUGCGGCGCGCACCGCCUGCUCAAGUACCCGCAUCGUACCAUGUGCUGCCGCUACGCGUGCCAGAACGCGGCUGCGGCGCAGCGGCGAGCGCGGCUUGCCGAUGGCGGUGCGGACGAUGCGGUCGUGCCGGCGUUCUGCUACAAGAUCAAGGCGGUGCUUGGCAAGCGCUUCUGCGAUCCCGAUCAGCUCAUCGCAAAGAAGCGGCGCAACAAGCUGGCUGCUGCCGACAAGGCCCUGUAA